UCCAGAUUCAGGCUACCCCGGAGCGGUGCAGCACUACAGGGCUCGCGUUUUUGGACGCUCUCAGGAUCCUCGCCGCUGCAGACAGCCUCGUCAGUAUCGCCUCGGUCGUGUUCGGCGUGGGGGUUUUCAACACUAAACGGAACCAAAGACAAGAAGAGUUAGCCUGAUUUUUUUCCCCCCUUUUUCGUCAUGGGAGCCCAGACCUCACGGGACGGGAGGAGCCAGGAGGAUGCCUCAGCCUCAGCCUCCGCCUCAGCCCAGGAGUUAGGUGCGGAGGUGAAGUCAAUCCAGGAGGGGGACAGCGUCCUGGACUCCAAGCCUCUGCAGAAGAACGGACAGAUCUCCAGCAUGACCAGUUUAAAUGGACACUCAGAGGACAACACUCUGGCAGAAGUCGGCCAGCCAGACGGUGUGUCCGUUGCUCAGAAGGAAGAGGCUCCUGAGACCAUGGACACCAUCCAAGAUGAAGUCACUCCUCAGGUGAAUGGAGAGAAAGUGGAAAAAGAGUCUCCUGAUGCCAUUGAGGUCUCCACUACUGAGGAGAAGAAAGAGGAGGAGAAACCAGUCAGACAGAGCAGUGAAGUUGGCUUCAAGAAGAUCUUUCGUUUUGUGGGCUUUAGGUUCACACUGAAGAAAGACAAGGGUGAUGAGAAGGAGCCUGUGAAACUAAUAACAGUAAAAGAUAAGGAAGAAGAGGUCAGUGGGGCUGACACAGCUAAAGAUGCUAAGGAGGAGGCACCCAUAGCCGAGGUCUCAGCUGAAGAAAAGGUGGGUGAAACAGAGACAUCCACUACCGAGUCUGCCAAGGAGACAUCCACUACUGAGACUGCUAAGGAGACAUCCACUUCUGAGGCUACUAAGGAGACGUCCACUUCUGAGGCUGCUAAGGAGACAUCCACUGCCGAGGCUGCUAAGGAGGCAUCCACUGCCGAGGCUGCUAAGGAGGCAUCCACUGCCGAGGCUGAUAAGGAGGCUUCCACUUCCGAGGCUGUUGAGGAGGCUUCUACUUCUGAGGCUCCUAAGGAGACAUCCACUAUUGAGUCCGAUAAGGAGACCUCCACUACCGAGACUGCUAAGGAGACCUCCACUUCCGAGGCAGCUAAAGAGACCUCCACUUCCGAGGCUGCAAAGGAGACCUCCACUGCCGAGGAUGCCAAGGAAACCUCCACUUCUGAGGCUGAUAAGGAGGCUUCCACUUCUGAGAGUGCAAAGGAAGCUUCCACUUCUGAGACUGCUAAGGAGGCUUCAACUUCUGAAACUGCAAAAGAGGCUUCCACUUCCGAGACUGCAAAGGAGGCUUCCACUUCUGAGACUGCUAAGGAGGCCUCCACCUCUGAAACGGCUAAGGAGGCCUCCACUUCUGAGACUGCUAAAGAGGCGUCCACUUCCGAGGCAGCUAAAGAUACUGACGAGGCUGCAACCACUGAAGUCCCACCAGAAGGCACUGCAGCUGAAACUGUUGAUGAAGAAGCCAAGAAGGAGGGAGGUGAGAAGGAAUCUGAGUCCAGCCCACCACCCCAGGAGGUCCCACAGUCCACCUUCAGGAAAUUCUUCACAGUUGCAUCACUCUUCUCUAACCUGCGAAAGAAGUCUAGCAUCAAGAAGCCCAAAGACGAGGAAUCAGCUGUUGAAGAGGAGACACCUAAGGCGGAGGAGACUACUGAGGCUGUAAAAGAAGAGGAGAAGAAGGUUGAUGUAGAGCAAGAGGCAAAGGAGGAGCCACCAACUGUUACUUCUGAAGAGGCAAAAAAAGAUCUUUCCACAGAGCCUGAGGCUGCUGUGGAAAUCCCAGCUCCUGAAGCUGAUACUACAGAUGAGGCCAAACCAGAGGAAGGGGGAGAAGAAGUUUCUGCCGAGGAAGAAAAAGCUCCAGCAGAGGUGAGCUCUGAGGCUGAGCUUCUGUCAUCACAGGAGAGGACAAAGGUCCAAGGAAGCCCCUUGAAGAAGCUUUUCACUGGGGCAGGCCUGAAGAAGCUCUCCACCAAGAAACAAAAGAGCAAGAGAGAUGGUGAGACCAAGCUGACUGAAAGUGGAGAGCAGGCAGCUGAGCAAUUUCAGUCUUCCGCUGAGUCAACAGAGGUUCCUAAACCUGACGCUGGGGCCUCGUCUCCAGAGGAUUCAGGGGACCAUGUUGUUGCGGUGGAGGUAAGCCAGCCUGAACCUAGCCAAGAGGCUGAAGGAGAAGUUACCUCUGAUGGAGAAAAGAAGAAAGAGGGCAUUACUGCCUGGUCAUCCUUCAAGAAACUGGUGACUCCCAAGAAGCAUGUGAAGAAGUCUUCUGAGAGUGAAGAUGAAGCCACAGGUGACAAACCAGUGAAUUCAGCCACCCUAUCUUCUACUGAGAGUGCUGUCUUUGUAGAUAAGUGCAGUGAGGAGGAGGCUAAGGAUAAGGAUAAGCCCACUGAGGAAGAGCCAAACACUGAAAAUACUGAGAAACUGGCGAGCAGCACUGAGGAAUCCAAAAAGAAAAUGGACACCUCUGUUUCCUGGGAGGCUUUGAUGUGCAUGGGUGGCACCAAAAAGAGGACUAGGAGGACCUCUGACUCUGACGAUGAUGAAACCAAGAUUGACGAACCACCAACGGUAGAGGGAGAGCAAAAGAGCAAUACUGCGGAGGCCCUAGCUGUUGUUACUUCCCAAGAAGCUGAGACUGAAGGUGAGGUGGUUUCUUCACCUGAACCAUUAAGCAGCCCUCCUGAGAGAGAGUCUGCCUGGGACACACUGAAACGACUUAUGGUAAAGAAUAAGGCCAAAGUUGAGGAGAAGACAGAAGAGAGCUCAGAGCAAGUCCUAUCAGACAGUGAAGUCCCAAAAGAGGAGUCCUCGUUCUCAUUGAGAAAAUUCUUCCCUGGACGCAGGAAGAAGAAAAUUGAAAAACCACCCUCCCCUGAAGUGGUCCCAGCCGAGGAAGACUCUGACACUCCAGCUGUUGUUCCUCUCUCAGAAUAUGAUGUUGAGCCAGUUGAACAAGAACAAGAGCAACCAGAAACACCAGCAAUAGUCCAGACUACUGUGUCUGCUGAAGAGAGGUCCCCUUCUUGGAUCCCAGCCAAUGUAGAAGAUGUUAGUGACCAACAUGAUCAGCUGAGUGACAUCCCAGAAGAGGCAGAAAACGCUGCCACGCCAAAGUCUGCUGACACCACCAUUGCAGAGGACGAUAUUGAGGACCAGGCCAUGCAGUCCGCCGCAGCUCUGGACAGGGGGCGCAGGGGACGAAGACUGUCCACAGCUGAAGUGAAGCCUGUGGUCCCAGCUCCAUCUGCUGAAACCACCCCUGUUCCUCAGGGUCCCCAUUCAGAGAACACAGCAAUGAUUCGGGAGGGUGUGGUGGAGCAGGUCGCCGAAAUUCCUUACGAGACAUCUGUGAUAUCUCAAGAUGUACCAGCUGAGACCGCCACAGCCAAAAUCGAGCAUGAACCACAGGUUGAGCAUGCUGAGACCAAGGUGAAUAGAAUCCUGGAACCACACAUUUGUGCUGAGGCCAUGGCCAUCUGUACUGGCCUAGGGACCAAGGAGAUUGCAAAAUUGGCUCUUGAAAAGCCCGUCAUGCCCAUUUCAGAGUGUAUGUCUGUGAUCAGUGAUGCUCUAUGUGCAGAAGUUGUAGUUGAGGAGAAACCUUCAAAAAUUGAAAAUGCCAUCGUUACAGAAGACCCUGUCCUUGAGGCUCAAGUGCACCAAGUAGAAAUCACUAAGCUUGAGGCUCCCGUUCAAACUAUAGUGAAUGAAAUUCCUGAAGUUCAGUUUGCCAGUAGGGACCAUGAACCUCAAAUUGAGGUCGCUGCAGUUGUCAGCACUGUUGUGGAGGAAUCUGAAAUUGUGCAGCCCCCUGAGGUGAGGGCAAACUCUCCUAAAUCUAUACUGAUGAAUCCCAUCAUACCAACCAUUGAAGCAGCUGUCUAUACUGAAACCGCAGAAGUCACUCAACCAGCUGUGGAAAUCAAGGAAACCGAAAUACACAUGAAACAGUUUCGUGCCAUUGGAAAUAAUAUACCAGUACCUGAGAUGGCUCAUGCUGUGUCCCAUGAGAUGACUUCCACCCUGUCUGACACCACAAAUAACACUAUCAUGAAGGCCACUGAACCAGGCAUUGCUGUAGUGCUGCCUGAAGAGGUUGCCACUGUCAACGAAACAGUGAUUCUUGCCGGCCCAAAAGAGGAAAUGGUAAUGGGAAAAGCCUCAAUUUCAGAGCCUGUUAUUGGUCUACCAGGCCAAGUGCAGCCAAUCAUAAAGGUGACAGCAGUGGACAGUAGCAUCGGCAUGGUGGAGCAGGUUAAUGACAUUGAGGAACAGAGCAUGGUCAUUGCCCAGGCUGUCAUUCAGACUGCCAUGAAUAAAAUGUCAGAACCCAAGCCUGAACUCAGAAGGCCUCCCAGCCCCACAACCAUCAUCCCAGGGCCAGUCCAGGCUGUGGCAAAAAAAGAAGAAGAGAUUGAGAUAGAAACAGAGAAGCCUGUUAUCACUGAAGCUCCUGUUGUUGUCACCUGUGAAGCACCCGCACCACCAAAGUCACCAAAGUCACGCAAAACUCUCCAUGCUGCCAUCCAGGUCAUUGAUGCAAUUCCAGUAGAAUUCAUAGAGGGCCUUGAUGACCCUGCAGAGAAGGAGAAACCAAAAAAGGGACUUAAGCAAGCUGUGGAGGUAACAGCAAGUGAAGAGACUGUUAUAGUGGAAGAAGUAGUAGAAAUGUUAGAAAGCGAAACAGGCGGAGAGCUUGAAGAUGUUAAGAAGGAACAGAGCAAAGAAGACACAGUGACUCAGAAAGUUGUGCCAGCAACUGAUUCAUCAGAGGUAACCAAGGCUGAGGCUCCUAUAGAGGAGAAAAAAGAGAAAACAAUCCACAUGCCAGUCCAGGUGGUCCUACAUAUGGCGCAGGUGGUUGAAGAUCAAGCAGUGGAAGAAGAGGCUCUGGUGGAGUUUGACAGCAAUGGUCCCAUUAACUCUAUGCCAGCAGCCAAAUCCCCCAAGAAAGGUGAUAGCCCUUCAAGUCAGAAGCCAUUGUCAGACAGUCUCCCUACACUGUACGAAGAGCCUCAAACGAUAGCUUCAACAGAUGUUGCUGCUCCCAGCCAAGGGGCAGCUGCCAGUCCAGCAGAGACAGAGAAAGCAGCGUCGGGGAAAUGUGCAGAAGUGAUGGCACAGGUGAUCGAAGUGAUUGAGGAGGCAGUGAAGGAGAUUGAACCUGUCUCCACACAAAUCACAGCAGCAUCAUGAGCAGUUGAAGAUACACGACUGAUGCCUGGGAGACAAAAUGUCUGGACCAGGACAUGAGUGAUGAGGGAGAGUGAGCUUGAGAGAGAGAAAGAGAGAGAGAGAGGCUGCUCUGUGGCAACACACUGAGACUGGGCUCUGCGCCACCCUGCCCAGAGACUGAGCAACAGCCACACCCUCCUCUCCCACCCCAUCCCCUGCACCCCACCCCUGUCCUGCAGGAACAGCCCAGUCACAGAAUAGUGACGUCCCUCCUUCAUAUCCACGCCACCAGGGGCAAAGCUACACCAACCACCCUGCACUUACACUCACAUACACACACACGCACACAAACACACACACAUGCACACACACUCAGACACAUCUCAUCACAGUCCUGUGUCCCAGAAGCAUCUGGCUUGCAAUCAGUGUGAUGUAUAUUCAUCGUCUCCUGUGAUGUACGUUCAGUGUCUCAAUGACCUUCCAUUGCCCUUGUUACAUUGGAAAGAGUCUGCAUCCUGGUUGAGAGGCUGUGUUUUUGUGCAUGUGUGUAUGUGUAUGUGUGUGCAUGCGUGUGUGUGUGUGUGUGUGUGUGUGUGUGUAUGCAAGUGGCUGUAUGUGAAUAUUAGUGAGAGUGAGACAGUGUGUGUGCAGGUGAGGAGAUGGAGGACUGUUGUCUUGUAUAUUGUAUUUAUAUCUUAAGUAUUCUUUUAUUCACUCCUAGCCUCAAGUCUUUUUUGUUUUAUUUUUUACUAUUUCUUAUUUUAUGGAAUUUGUUGCAUCUUCUAAAUGUCCAUAUGGAAGCUGUGAUGCACUAGGCAAUAUUUUAAGGGCAAUCAAAGCAAACAAUUGAAAGUGAGAAGCAGUAAAAUACACGGUAAAGUUUAUCCGGGCAAAGGGAGGUUGCCUGAAAAUCCAUGUGAAAAUGUCAGAUAUUGAGAACAUUAUCUGUUGGGUGUUGCCUGAAAAGUUGCCCAGCGUAUCACAGCCCUAAUAGUCAGUUUCAAAGAUUAUUUCAGGAUUCUGUAGAUUAUAACUAAGCUAUGGUACAGAUAUGAUUCCAGUGACAGUGUGUCGUAAACACUGCAAACAUUAACUUACUGUGACAGGAGGACAGGGAGUAUGAUGUUAUUUUACAGAAGCACACCAUGUUUGACUUGUGACACUUUCUCUUGUCCCACUGUGUUUUUCCUCACUCUCCACUGCACCCGUUAUUCUUCGUGUAGAUAAGAAAAAUAUCACUUGAUUUACUGUGAAAACGCGUUGUUGCUCAAGUAUGUCUUUGAAUUUCAUGUGAAGAUAUAAUAAAACGCUAUUAUCCCACCCUCAUGUGAUCAUGUUGGAGAGGUAUUUAGUAAACAGUGACGUGCAAAGGCUAUGUAUCCCGUAUGUUUUGCCACUGAAUGAGUUAUACAACAUAUGCACAUGCAUGUGACUUAAACGCAGCAUGUCAUGUGCACAAUGUUUAGAGGACAUGGCUUUUGAAUUAACUUUCAACUCAUGUAUUGCUGGUGUGUAGUAAUUUCAUUAGGUUUAACAGCUUGGUCACUACCUUGUAUUGUAUAACUGGAUAGAAAGAAAGUAUCUCAGCGCCCUCUGUUGCCUAAUAUGAAUACUACACACUUCUUACUAAUUGCAGUGGUGUUAUUCUCACUUAUGUGUGUGACUUCAUAUUUAUGCUGUAAUAGGGGUGAUAACGUUUGAAAAUGCUCUUUGUUCAGAAUAACCUACACAGUUCAUAUAUUUGAUGCUAAACCUGCACUAUAAUGUGUUUUUCACCCUGCAUGAUAGCUCAGGUUCAUUAAACUGGCACCAGGGAGGACGUAGACCGCACAAACACUGAUCAGAUGGGAAAUUAAACGGCGCAGACAUUGCAUGGUACCAGAUAAAAAUAGACGCUCCUUUUGCUCUUAAUUUAAAAGCCAAAUUGAAUUAGGAUCAUUUAGGGAGUCAUGGUCCUUUGGUUGCUCACAGGAUGAGACAUCAGUUGCAUCCAAUUAAAUUCCUCAGCUCCUAUACAGACGCUCAUCUUGAUUCACCCAUAAAAUUUAACUUAAGUUCCGAAGUCAACACUUAUGGAAAAUUAUAUUGAGAUUUGUCAGUUUUGCUUGUAUGUUGGGAGUGUGGAAGAUGUGUUUGGGAUAGAGAAAUGUCUAAAACAUUGCUUGGACCCAAUUUGACAGCCAUACCAAAUAUUUUGUUAUGGGUUAUACUGGUAUUUCUUUCUUUCUUUCUUUCUUUUAAUUAACUUCCAACCAAAUUUGGCAAACCUGCAUUGUCGCUCAUUCUGACAUCAUGUGAAGCAAACCUUGACUGCUCCUGUAAUCUCUAGAUGUCCAUGUGGUGGUUGACACCAGCAGCUCUGCAGGCGUUUCAAUAAGCUGUACGACCAAAUGAGAGAAAGAUGGAGGAUGUGUAGACUGCUUCACUUAACUUUACUAUAGUAUGGGUGUGUCACAUCCAUAGUACUUGCUUUAUGUAAAAUAAAAGUUUGAAAAAAAGACAGAAUAAAAAAAAAAAAAAAAAAAAAAAAAGACUAUUGCUCUUGCUGCUUAAUGUAAUUCAUCUGGUUAGGGCGCCGGCCCACCUUCAGUCCUCCCCAGCUUUUUGUAACACACUCUUAACUGUGAACCUGGUAACAUUUGUACAGAUUGUAUACCUAUGUACUUAAAAAUCAUAUUGUUGUAAUAAUAACAAAUAACCUGUAGGCAUUUAGCAUAAUACACAUGUAGCAUGGUCUUAAUUCUGUCUUUUAUAUUUUCCAAGCUGUUAAUAGUAAGGAUACAGAAACCUGUCUAUUUCAUUCAAUAAAGGUAGAAAAAAUGUG